CCCUAUAGCAAUGGCAACAAACUAUUUCGUAUACAAAUUAACGCAUGUCUUUGAAGGUCACAUCUUGAUCUAUAUAAACUAGGGUAUGUCUAAGAAUAAAUCAUAUUUUGUCUAGUCUCUUAACCUAUUGAGCUACCAAAUAUGAAAUACUUAGUGGUAGCAACUCUGGCAUUCGCCGCCUCAGUCCAUGGUGGUGGCAUUAUCCUGAAAGGACCCUCAGGUGUCAUCACCCCACAUGGUCCUAUUGGUCCAGACGGUAGAGGAGCCGGAAAUGCCGGAGGAUGGAACGGAGCUGGAGGUGGAUGGGGAGGCGCUGGCAACGGAAUCAUCUUGAAAGGACCAUCUGGUGCAAUCACCAAAAACGGACCCAUCGGACCUGACGCUCUUGGUCAAGGAGGCUGGAACAAUGGAGGUUGGGGAGGUGAUGAUGGACAAUGGCGCGGAGAUGGUGGCUGGAACAACGGUGGCUGGGGAGGAGAUGACGGCCAAUGGAACGGUGAUAAUGGCGCAUGGAACGGUGGCUGGGGAGGAGAUGAUGAUGGCCAAUGGCGUGGAGAUAAUGGAGGCUGGAACAAUGGAGGAUGGGGUGGAGAUGAUGGUCAAUGGAACGGAGAUGGAGGCUGGGGAGGUCAUGGAGGUUGGUAAAUAUUUGACCAAGCAUGUUUUGACUAGGGAAAAUAUUAUGAUAAAUUAUAUAUGAUUUGUUAAAAGAUAUUAAUGACUGUGUUUUUUUUGUAAACGAUUUUAUGUGACAUUCUGUGUAUACGUGUGCCAAUAAAAAAAGUUAUGUUUAUUUUUA